GGGUAAGUGACUUGUCAACAUGUUAACCGUGCAGACUCUCGACUCUUCCCUGUUUAGUGGUUUGGUUUGGACUUGGACGUGUUUUUGUUUUGCCUUCCUUACGAUUUUUGUGGCGUAUAGAGGUUGAGGAAGUUCUCCGUUAUGUGUAUAGAAAGACAAAAUGGAACCAGAAAACCCCUUGGACAGUACAGAAUUUGAAGUCGCACAGAUGACCCAUGAACAUAUUAAAAGUGAAAAAGAUGAAGUUUCAGAAAAAGACAGACAUCAAAUAAAAGUGGAAGAUGACUUGGACAGAAAGGGAUUUGAAGACACUCAAAUAUACCAUGCAUCUAUUAAAGAUGAGUAUGGUCAAUGUGUUGGUACAUAUGCAGGACAUAUUGUUUCAGAUAGAAUCUAUAAUACAUGUGAUACAAAAGCAAAUUUUGAUAAUUCUUACAUGAGGUUUGAAGAAGCCAGUGAAUCAGUUUUAAAUAUGCAAGAUGUAAAAAUAGAGUUGCAAAAUGAUGUAGAGAUAGGCAGUCUUUCAGAAAGUUCUGACAAACAACUGGCUAUUAAAAACGAGAUUGAUGAACAAACAUUCUCAAAUUUAAACACAGAAAUUGUUUUAAACAGCACAGCAAAAUGGACAAAAUGUGAAGCUGUUGAGGAACUGAAAAUAGAAAAUGACUUGAACAUUGAGACUUAUGGAAUUACAGAAAUCACUGAGGAAUACAUAAUUAAAAAUGAUGAUGAUCAUAUUUUGAAACAUCCUGGGGGGGAAGGAAGGCAUCAGCUUAAUGUCUGUAUACAUUGUAAUGUGACAUUCAGAGGAAAAAGAAGUUUAGAUGAUCAUAUAAUCAAGAAACAUCCUGAGCAUAUUGCAUCAGUUUCAAAUAAAAUAUAUGAAUGUAGAUAUUGUAUUUAUAAAACUACUAUAACAAGUAAUUUAUCUACACAUAUGAGGAAGCAUCCAGAGGCAGAAGAUGUCUCUGAACCUAAAACAUGUAUUUACUGUAAGAGAACAUUCAAACAUAAGCCAAAUUUAAAUGAUCAUAUAAUUAAGAAACAUCCCGAGUAUAUUGCUGAGGUUUCUAGUAAAAUACAUUCAUGUAAACAUUGUACAUAUAGAACCACCAUUAAAAAAAGUUUAGUUCAACAUAUGCUGAAACAUCCUGAAGCAGAAAGUGACUAUGAGCUUAAAAAGUGUGUACACUGUAAUGUUAAAUUUAAACGUAAGGCUAAUUUAGAUGAUCACAUAAUCAAGAAGCAUCCAAAGUAUAUUGCAUCAGUUUCAAGUAAAAUACAUGAAUGCAAAUAUUGUGUAUUUAAAACUGCUAUAAAAGGUCUUUUAGUUGAUCAUAUGUGGCAGCAUCCAAGGGCAGAAGGUGGCUGUGAACGCAAACUGUGUGUUCACUGUACUGCAACAUUCAAAUAUAAGACAAAUUUAGAUGAUCACAUAAUUGAGAAACAUCCAGAGUAUAUUGCAUUGGUUUCAAGUAAAAUACAUGAAUGUAAAUAUUGUGCAUUUAAAACCACCAUAAAAGAUCGGUUAGCUAGACAUUUAGGCAAGCAUCCAGGGGCAGAAGGUGGCUAUCAACUUAAAACGUGUAUUCACUGUGAUGCAAUAUUCAAAGAUAGGAUAAGCUUAGAUGAUCAUAUAACUAAGAAACAUACAGAAUAUAUUGCAUCUGUUUUGAGUAAAAUACAUGAAUGCAAAUAUUGUGUAUUUAAAACCACUUCAAGUACUAGUUUAUCUAGGCAUAUGAGGAAGCAUCCAGAGGCAGAAAGUGGCUGUGAGCUUAAAAUGUGUAUUCACUGUAACACAACAUUCGCAUGCAAGAAAAAUUUACAUGAUCACAUAAUUAAGAAACAUCCCAAUUUUAUUGCUGAGGUUUCUAGCAAAAUACAUGCAUGUGCACAUUGUGCAUUUAGAACUACCGUUAAAAAAAGUUUGGUUCAACAUAUGUUGAAACAUCCAGCAGCAGAAGGUGACUAUAAGCCUAAUAAAUGUGUUCACUGCAAUGGGGCAUUCAGACUUAAAACAACUUUAGACAAUCAUAUAAUUAAGAAACAUCCCGAGUAUAUUACAUUAGUUUCAAGUAAAAUAUACGAAUGUAGACACUGUCCAUUUAAAACCACCACAUCAGAUCAUUUAUCUAAACAUAUGGUAAACCACCCAGGGGCAGGAGGCUAUGAGCUUAAAACGUGCAUUCACUGUAAUCUGAAAUUUAAACGUAAGAUAAAUUUAGAUGGUCAUAUAAUCAGAAAGCAUCCCGAGCAUAUUGCAUCAGUUUCAAGUAAAUUCCAUGAAUGUAUAUAUUGUACUUAUAAAACCAUCGCAAAAAAUAAGCUGGCUGGCCAUAUGUUGAAGCAUUCUGAUGCUGAAAGAACCAAGAUGGAUCAAAUUUAAACAAGCCCUUCAAAAGAAAAAAAAUUGAAAAACGGUUCUGGUUGAAACCUCUGUAGUUUUUCGCCUAAUUGCACACUUCUUCCAAUGUUGCAAUUUUUUUCAAAACAGUUAUAAAAAAUUUUCGUCACGUUUCCACCAUUCAGGUUCAUCAAGGCACCAAGAUCAGCAAUAUAUGCCAAUUUAUUGAAAAAAAAAAUGGAAUGCGUUGGAGUCUGGACAAGGACUAAACGAAUUGAUUCAUAUAUUUGACGAUCACAAGCAUCUGUUUUACCUGUAAGGUGGAUAACCUUUGACUAUUCAGAGCACCUCGAUCAAUGUAUGUUAUGUUAUUGGUCUGGUGUUGUCAAAACACUUUUGGUUGCUUAUCUGACUGAUAAACAACUUGAAUUUCGUAAUGUCAAAACACCGUGGCAAAACGUGCCGAAUUUUCACUGGACACCUUACAGGGUUUAAUAAUGGAAUUUCGGUAGCACUAACAAUCAUUGACGAAAAUAUUGAUAUACAGUCAACUGUGAGGUGAAUGUUGUCUUGUGUGUUAUGUAUUGAAAUAAUUGUUCUAGGCAACCGUACAUGUUUAAUCUGUCUCUACUGUGGUCGCUACAUUCGAAUUUGGAAACAUUCCAUAUCACCUACUGUCACAUUUAUAAUUAAUUUAGCUCAAAUACCUAAAGCAAUUUUUCGUCAAAGGUGAUGAAAAAAUGUUCAAGAGAGAUUACUAAUGCAAAAUUACCGUAUUCAAAAGAGCAAUAGAUGCUUCAAAUAAAGUCUGUGGCGAGAAUAUUUUAGGAGGGACUGCGCAUAGGAACAUGAAUGUUUAUAUUUGCAAUAUUGGGAUCAAGAAAGAUUCUAAUUAUUUCUAAAGUUUCUUGUAAAAUAUAAUGGAUGCACACAUUAAGGCUUUCACCUCAUCUGGCAACACUGCCUGCUCACUUCUGUGGCGUAGACGCAGGGGUUGUUGAAAAAAGUUCCCGUUAUGAAUGUGGAAAAAAAACUUGAAGAUACCCAAAUGACCCGAGAACAUAUUAAAAGUGAAAAAGAGCAAGUUUCAGAGAUAGAAAAAGGAAAAAUAAAGGUGGAAAAUGACUUGGAUAGUAAAGAAUUCAUAGUCAUUCCUGUAUUUAUAAAAGAUGAGUAUGGUCAAUGUAUUGGCUCAGAUGCUUCAGACACUGUUUCAGAUAGAAUCUAUAAUGCAUCUACAAUCUCAAAUUUUGGCCCCACUGUCAUGAGAUUUGAUGUGGCCAGUGACGGAGUUCUCAAAAUGCAAGAAGAAAUAGAUUCGCAAAACACAACAACUGAGUAUGAUUUCACUAAAUCCCCAAUAAAAUCUGAAGCUGUUGAAGAAUUGAAAUUGGAAAAUGACUUGGAGACUUGUGGGAUUUCAGAAAUCACUGAGGAAUACAUUAUCAAAGAUGAGAAUGAUCAUAUAAUGAAAAAUCCUAUAGCAGAAGGAAGUCAUAAGCAUCAUGUGUGUUUUCACUGUAAUGCAACAUUUAAAUAUAAGAUAAAUUUAGAUGAUCAUAUAAUAAAGAAACAUCCUGAGUAUAUUAUAUCAGUUUCAAGUAAGAUCCAUGAAUGCAUACAUUGCAACUAUAAAACUACCCUCAAAAAGGAGUUUACUAGGCAUAUGUUCACGCAUCCUGAUGCAGAUACUUGCUAUAGACUCAGUGUGUGUAUUCACUGUGACAGGACAUUCAGAAAUAAAUCAAAUUUAGAUGAUCAUACAAUUAAGAAACAUCCCGAGUAUAUUACAUCUGUAUCAAGUAAAAUACAUGCAUGUCAAUAUUGUCUGUUUAAAACAAUCUCGACAACCCAUUUAUCUAAACAUAUGGGGAAGCAUACAGGGGCAGGCGUGAGUUGCCAGCCUAAAACGUGUAUUUAUUGUAACGCAACAUUCAAGCAUAAGCCAAAUUUAGAUGAUCAUAUAAUUAAGAAACAUCCCGAGUAUAUUGAAUCAGUAUCAAGUAAAGUCCAUGAAUGUACAUAUUGUUCAUAUAAAACUACCUUCAAAGAUAUGUUUUGUAGGCAUAUAUUGAAACAUCCUGGUGCAGAUAUUAGUUAUAAGCCUAAUGUGUGUAUUCACUGUAACACGACAUUAACAAGUAAGGUAAAUUUAGAUUAUCAUAUAAUUAAGAAACAUCCGGAAUAUAUUGCAUCAGUUUCCAGUAAAAUCCACGAAUGUAUAUAUUGUACUUACAAAACUACCGCGAAAAAUAAAUUGGCUAGUCAUAUGUUAAAGCAUUCUGAUGCGGAAAAGAACAUAGGUUAACUUUUAUAAAGAUGCU